AUGGAGAGCUCUGCCAAGAUGGAGAGCGGCGGCGCGGGCCAGCAGUCCCAGCCGCAACCCCAGCAGCCCUUCCUGCCGCCUGCAGCCUGCUUCUUUGCCACUGCUGCAGCCGCGGCAGCUGCAGCGGCGGCUGCGGCCGCUCAGAGCGCGCAGCAGCAGCAGCAGCAGCAGGCACCGCAGCUGAGUCCGGCGGCCGACGGCCAGCCCUCAGGGGGCGGUCACAAGUCAGCGCCCAAGCAAGUCAAGCGACAGCGCUCGUCCUCGCCCGAACUGAUGCGCUGCAAACGCCGGCUCAACUUCAGCGGCUUCGGCUACAGCCUGCCGCAGCAGCAGCCGGCCGCUGUGGCGCGCCGCAACGAGCGCGAGCGCAACCGCGUCAAGUUAGUCAAUCUGGGUUUUGCCACCCUUCGGGAGCACGUCCCCAACGGCGCGGCCAACAAGAAGAUGAGCAAGGUGGAGACGCUGCGCUCGGCCGUCGAGUACAUCCGCGCGCUGCAGCAGCUGCUCGACGAGCACGACGCGGUGAGCGCAGCCUUCCAGGCUGGCGUCCUGUCGCCCACCAUCUCCCCCAACUACUCCAACGACAUGAACUCCAUGGCCGGCUCACCGGUCUCAUCCUACUCCUCCGACGAGGGCUCCUACGACCCGCUCAGCCCCGAGGAGCAAGAGCUUCUCGACUUCACCAACUGGUUCUGA